CUGUGUGACACAUGUCCGUAAGAAACGCGCAGAGAAGUCGAAAAAAAAUUUGUUUGAUUCUUAUUUUUCUUUAAUAUUUCAUUUUUCAGUGAAAGUAUAAUUUUGGGUGCCACAGCGAUAAACGAGAUAAAGUUUAUUACAAAAUGCCGCGAAUUAUGAUAAAAGGCGGUGUGUGGCGGAACACGGAGGAUGAAAUUCUGAAAGCAGCGGUAAUGAAAUAUGGGAAAAAUCAAUGGAGUCGUAUAGCUUCUCUACUGCACAGAAAAUCGGCCAAGCAGUGCAAAGCCCGUUGGUUCGAAUGGUUGGAUCCUAGUAUAAAGAAAACCGAGUGGAGUAGAGAAGAGGAUGAAAAAUUGCUACAUCUUGCGAAGUUAAUGCCCACCCAGUGGCGAACAAUCGCACCCAUUAUUGGCAGAACGGCCGCUCAGUGCUUGGAGAGAUAUGAGUAUUUACUUGACCAGGCACAGAAAAAGGAGGAAGGAGAUGAUGCGGUUGAUGAUCCUCGUAAACUUAAACCUGGCGAAAUUGAUCCCAAUCCGGAGACAAAACCGGCAAGACCUGAUCCCAAAGAUAUGGACGAAGAUGAAUUGGAAAUGUUGUCUGAAGCGCGUGCUAGACUUGCCAAUACACAGGGCAAGAAGGCGAAACGCAAAGCGCGUGAGAAACAGUUGGAAGAGGCAAGAAGACUAGCGGCUCUGCAGAAACGACGGGAAUUGAGAGCCGCUGGAAUUACCGUGUCUCAGAAGAACAAACGUAAACGCGGCGUGAAUUAUAACACGGAAAUACCGUUUGAGAAACGGCCUGCGUCCGGUUUCUACGAUACUUCCAAUGAACACGUUGAUCCUCUAGCCAUUGACUUUUCUCGAAUGAGACAACAGCACUUAGAUGGCGAGCUUCGGCAAGAGAAGGAGGAAAUGGAACGUAAGAAAGACAAACAGAAGUUGAAGCAACGCAAGGAAAAUGAUAUACCCAUAGGUAUGCUCAACAACGAAGAGCCCGUGAAGAAAAGAAGCAAACUGGUCUUGCCAGAACCGCAAAUAUCUGAUCAGGAACUGGAGCAAGUUGUAAAACUUGGUAGAGCUUCGGAAGUUGCGCGAGAAGUCGCUACCGAGAGCGGCAUCACAUUGUCCGACAGUUUGCUGGCCGACUAUUCUUUGCCUACGAAUGCGGCGGUAACACCUCGUACACCAGCCACUACGGACAGAAUAUUGUUAGAAGCUCAAAAUGUCAUGGCUCUCACGCACGUAGACACUCCGUUAAAGGGUGGGGCAAACACUCCGUUGAAUAAUCCGGACUUUACUGGCGUUGUGCCUCCGAACAAUGUCGUCGCAACACCGAAUACGGUUCUGGCAACGCCGUUUCGUUCGCAACGCAGUGACGGAACGCCCAUGAAUUCGUUCAACACGCCGGGCGGAGCGUCGGUGCGAACGCAAAACGGCGUUUUGGCGGCAACCCCCGUUCGCGACAAGCUGAAUAUAAAUCCAGACGAGAGCGCGGACGGAUCGGAAACUCCUCUCGUACAGAACUCGCAAGGAAAGAGCACUUUACGCGCGGCGUUGAGUUCCCUUCCGGCGCCGUGUAACGAUUACGAGAUAGACAUCGGCGACGCUGAGACGAACGAGGAAGCUCCCGCACCCGCAACGGAUAUAAUCGAGGACCAGGCGGACGUCGAUGCGAGACAGCAACAAGAAAUAUUGGAACAAAGAAAGAAAGAAUUAGCACGUAGGUCGCAAGUAAUACAGAGGGAUUUGCCUCGACCUGCGGAUAUAAAUAUGAAUAUUUUGAGACCUUACAUGGACGCGCCACUGACCGACUUGCAGAGAGCAGAAGAAUUGAUAAAGAGAGAAAUGAUCACAAUGUUGCAUUACGACGCGUUACAAAAUCCAACACAGCCGGUACAGACUCGAAAGGGCGCUGCGACGUCGUUGGCUCAGGCUCAAGCUUAUCUGGACCAACACCCCUACGAUGUUUUUGAAGAAAACGACCUUUCCGAUGCUAAGAAAAUGUUGACUGACGAAAUGGCAGUUGUGAAAGAAGGAAUGGCGCACGGCGAUUUGAGCUUGGACGCGUAUACCACCGUGUGGGAGGAAUGCCUGUUGGAGUUUCUGUAUCUUGAAACUCAGAAACGAUACACUCGCGCGACACUGGCCUCGAAAAAGGACAGAAUCGAAGCGCGCGAGAGGAAGUUGGAGGAAAAUCGUAUGCACAUGACGGGCGAGGCUAAACGCGCGGCGAAAAUGGAAAAGAAGUUGAAAAUACUCACCGGAGGUUAUCAGACCAGAGCACAGGUGCUGACGAAACAGUUGCACGACUUGGGGGAGCAGAUAGAGCAAGCGCAUCUUGAAUUGUCUACGUUUAAGUUCUUGCAAACGCAAGAAGAGGCGGCGGUUCCGAGAAGAAUAAACGCGCUUAUGGAAGACGUGAACAGACAGACCGAGCGAGAACGUUCUCUGCAGGUGCGAUACGCUCAGUUGCAAGAUCAACUGCAGGACCUGCUACAUCAGUGUCGACUGAACGACAUGCCGUCUUAGGAACACGAUGUUAGUGCUUGUGUUCUGAAGUAAUACAGUACCAGCGCUGCUGUAUAGCAUAUCAAGUGCUGCAGACUAAACUGUAACAUGUAUAGCUCGUAAAGUUUCGUAAGUUCUAAGAUUUAUACGUUUCCUCUUCCUUCCCCCACAAGAUAGUUAAACGUACUUUCGUGUACGUUUGUGCGCGUACACAGGCCAUACGUACAAGUAGUGUCCCGUUAAAGGUUGGUUGCUUCUCGCUGGUAGCCAUAUUGCUUUUAUGAUGUCAGAAGUGAGAAACGGCAUGUGGUGUGCGAUUCUUGUUGCGAUAUAGAAUCAAAAGCUCUCAGCGCGGUAGCAGAUUUUUCUGCCGCAGUGGGAAUAGAGACUAUUCUUGAACCGAAUGAAUGUUCUUCUUAACGGGGAACUGCUGUACUGUACAUUAAUGUCUUUCAAAGAGGAAGUAAAUAAGGGCUUCCCUUUCCGCGACGACAACCUUACAUUCGUUCGGAAGACGUUAAUGCAUCUCCCGAAUGUGUACAAGCACAGGUAUAAAUAAUUUUUACUCCCCAAAAACUGAUGUGAAAAUGCUAUAAUGUAUAAUUAUUGAAUUUUUAGUCCUCACACAAUAACUGUAGGUGUUUAUUAGUGAUGAUUAUGACUUAUUUAAAUGUUACGUAUAUCAUAAUAAUUAUUGUAUUGAGAAUUUUCUCGCAAUCUAUGUUUGAAACUUCUGACGAGGAGGUAAGACAGAAAAAUGACAAAAAUUGUUCUCUUUGUAAAAGAAAAAAAACAUGUAAAAAAAAUUAUUGCAGUAAAAUACAGUUCCUUAUGACAUGCAAAAAACAAAUGUAAA